AUGUCAGAAAAACAAAGAGAAAUAGAAACCGAAAAUGAAUUACUGAAAUCAAAAUAUUCGAUAAUGCAACACGAGUGGCAAUGUCAACAACACCUUAUCGGUCAACUUAUUGCUCAGACAGAGGAAAUCCGCUCACAAAUACAACGACAGGCUGAGUUUUGUACAUUGAUUGGAUCCACCAUUGGUGACUUCUUGUGGAAGGCCACACAUAAGCCCGACGUGAUUCAAAUGAUUUUAGAACAGGACAAAUGUGCAAGGAUGUCCCAGAUGAUAGAGCACGUUUUAAGAUCGUUCUAUGAAACUUAUCGAGUGAUUCCGACUGCAGAUACGGAUGAAGUGCGAUUCGUGCUUAGCGUCAUUGGAUUGGUGGCCAAUUUGUCGACAACGGACGCGGGCAGAAAGAUGUUUUCGAACUCUGAGAACGGUAAUAAAGUGGUGAAACUUAUCGUAUGUAUCUUGUGUCGUUUAAAGUCGCCAUCCGGGAACCGUUUGAAAAAAGUCUCGUAUGCAGCGUUAUACAAUAUAAGCAUUCAUCCAACUGCUUCAUCUUUGAUGGAAAAUAUCAAUCUGAUUCGCACUUUAAAUGAAGAAAUCAAAAUUACAGCUGAUAAAGAAGAUGUUCCUGAUUUGCGAUUGUUCGCCCUUAAACUACUCUCAUCCCUUACUCACAAUGUUUGCACCAGAUCAAUGUACAAUUUACUAGAAAAAAACAUAACUGAAUCGGACAUAUUAUGUCUAACAGCAGCAGUGGACUCAGAAACAGAAAAGACAGCUCGACAAUUAUUAGAAAAUUUAAGGAAAGUUAAAGCACAAUACGAAAAAAAAUAA